GUCAACAUUAGAUCUUACGCACACACGCCCGGUGGAACUUUGCCCGACGCGCUCCUCGCUACAGGUGUCUGGCUGUGAACCCUGCGCCCUUCGCCCCCGGGAACCAUGGUGUCUUCGGUGCACGUGGAGCCGGUGUCCCGCACCGACCAAUACAAGCGGGUGAUGAAGCCCAUGCUGGAGAGAAAGCGAAGGGCACGCAUCAACCGCUGCCUCGACGAACUGCGUGACCUGCUGGUGGCGGCUUUGCAGGCUGAGGGUGAGACAGUAACGCGGCUGGAGAAGGCAGAUAUCCUAGAGUUGACUGUACGGCACGUGCGGCGCCUCAACCAGCGACGUGCCCUCACACUGCCGCCCGCCUCACACGACCCCCGCCACGACGCCAUCAAGUUCCAGCAGGGAUUCGUGGCAGCAGCCCAGCAGGUGCAGUCUUUCCUCAUCUCCUCGCCCGCACUGGAGCCUUCCGUGUCCUCCCGCCUCAUCACGCACCUCUCCUCCUGCGCGUCGGCCAUGUCAGGCGUCAACACCUCUGGCCCCACGCAGGCAGGGCCGCCCACGCCCUCGGCAACGAGUCCUUCAGCGCCACCCGUGGGAGUGCCCAAUCCCCGCCCCAUCUCUGCUCCUGCCCCUCCCGACGUGAUGGUGCCCGCCGCGUCGCCGCCCAUGUCCCCACCGCCCCUCAUGGACCUCAGUAUGAAGCCCGCCCCGAAGCUCGUCGCCCCAACGCCCAUCAGGGAGAUCAAUGUGCCCCAGGAUCUGUCCAUGCGGCGGCUUCCUCCAGGGAAUCCAGGGAGCAGAGUGACCAGCACCCUGAGGGAAGGUCGUCGUGGCGGCCCUGGUGAUCCAUCACUGCACGUUGCUAUGAUGUAAAGUGACAGAUCAAUGCUGUGCGAUCCGCGUUCUCGCAUUCGGCAGGAGCCACUGACGGCAGCCUCCUCGCUGUGCCCGCCGCAGGAUAGGAGUCCUCGGUGUGUGGAUUCGACGUGCCAAACGCCUGCCGUGUCGCCGCGCCGGAGUGCCUGCACUAGACGGGCGGCCCGGACGAUGGUACCCUAGCCCCAGUCCCCGCCCUCAGCCCCCAGACCCCUGCGUCUCCUGUGUACAUUGUGAUAGUGGAUGUGAUAGAGCAUAGCUAUUUUUGUACAUAUACGUAUAUCAGAGUUAUUUUUCUUUCUUUUUUUAUAUGCGUAUAAACCUACUUGACUCUGUGAUAAAGCCACUCUAGAGGUAGACGCCCCUCGGUCCUGUGCAUGACGGAAGGAAGUCCUCCGCCGCCUGUCUUUCACCUGUACAAAGACGAGUAGUGUGUGACGCCAGUACAGUACAGCUCCAGCGAUCACCUGUAGUCGACCGUAGAUGUGUCACCAUUCAUCAUUAUUAUUAUCAUUAUUAUUAUUGUUAUUAUUAUUAUCAUUAUUAUUAUUAUUCUAUUUGUAAUUAUCUUAAGUGUUACAAGAUCAAGUCUUCGCUCAGUUUUGGCGAAGAGGCGAUCUGAAGUGCCCGCUCGCGUCACAAAUUUACUUCGAUGACACCAGAAGGUUGAAGAAGCCUCGUUUUCGUAGUUAUCGUUGUUAUUGUUGUUACCUGCAUAUCUACUUACUCGACUUAAGGCUCGCAGGUGUGGUAGUCCCGCUGCCCGCCCGCGGCAUCCUUGACUCUGUGAUGGAAAUAAAAGACCUUAAAUAUGGGAAAAAAAAA